UAUCCCAGAAGUGUUAGCACAUGACACACCCACCCUACUGCAUACUGUGUGCAGAGGUUACUAUGGAUACUCAGUUCAAGGGCUUGACACUGAAAAGCUUGCAAUCAAAGCUGUGUGUGGUUCACAGGCAGAGCGAGUGAGCAUUGUCAGUGGACAGGAGAGGGUUUCUGCAGCAAGGUACUGUAAGAGAAAGUAGUUUUGUGGAGACUCCAACUGUUAAAUCAAAACAUACAGUAGCCUGUGUGGUGUUUCUUCUCUUUUCUUUUAUACAGAUACACCAGUUUUUAGGGAAAGAUGUGUGCUAAAUACAUUCAUAUCAAGAGGGGAUAAUUCUGUAGAUCACAAGCACAUUGUAAUGAUCAUGCAGUGUUAAAACUAGUUGUUGACCAUCAAGCGAGCAGUGGAAAAAUCAAGACACAUGAUACAAGAAUAGCCACUCACCUCGAGUUGCCACCCUUGUGUGAAAAUCUAUCCCUGGCACUUGGGCAGGGAGACACGUAGGGAGAUGAGAACUGUAGCCUCACCCACACAAAGGGAAGAGAUAACUUGGAUCUAGGAAGACAGUCCAAAAUGUUUACACCACCAUACAGGAGUUCAAGUCCAUUUUCUCUCAUGGACCUUGACAUGUGGGACACCAAAUCUCGCUUUUCAGCUCAGACCUCAGCAUGGUGUGGCAUGGCAACUGUCUCUGGGACAGGGUUUCUGUCCAAAGUCAGCACAAGCACAUCUGGGAGCACUGGCGGCUUCAGACAGGAUGACCCAGGUCUUAAGAAGUGGCAGUCAUUGUCCCAUCUGGCGCUCGAGGGUGCUACACGACCAUUCCCUCCAUCUCCAGGGGCUGAAUUAAGGGCUGCUCGAAUUGAAAGUAGCUUCAGACAAGCAGAAGGGGUGCAAUGGCUGCAGGAUGCUCACGAGCAUUUAGACACUCAUCUGGACUGGCUGAGGACCAGAAAUGCAGAGCUGAGCUACAACAUAAAUACUGCACAGCUGCUUGACAUGAAACAUAAGCAGCUGUCAGAAGAGAUGGGUGCUCUUGAGCAGGAGAAGGAGGCAGCUGAAUUGUCCCAAUUUGAAAAGAUCCGGCAACGUGCAGAGCUUCGUGAAAAGGUCCUACAGCUGGAGAAGGACAUGCAGCAGAUGAGGUCCAGUUUGGGCAGAGGAAGCAAUGAUCAACCAGCUGAAAGAACUCCUGGCUCGCUCAGCAGAACAUUACCACUGAGUCAAGAAGACUUAAACAAACACGAGAGGCAGGAAGGUGACACAGAGCUGUACAGGCUGAGAGAGGCUCUGAGAGAUGCUGAGACGAGAGCAAAGGCACAAGAGGAAGAACGAAACCAGGCGCUUCAGAAACUCCAGGCGUCGACAGAGACACAGAAGAUGCUGUUGAAUCAAAUCAAGGAGAUGAACCAGAAGCUGAGCCAGACAAAAGAGAAUCACUCUGAAAUACAAGAACAGCUGAGUGACGCUAACAACAGGAUCAGCCAAGCAUGCCUGGAAAAAGCCAUCUUGUCGACUCAAGUGCUAAAGCUGGAGGAUAAUGUAAGAGAACUGAAGGCCAAACUGACAGGGGCUCUGUCUGACAAAGAUCAACUGAUUAAGGUAAAUGAAAAGCUGACACAUGAGCUUGAAAUCAUGAAGGAGAAGCUGAGAACUUCACAGUCUCAGCUACAGGAGGCAACAGCAGAGAGGGCCACCAGCUCCAAACAGAUCACAGAUCUGGAGGCUGAACGAUCUCAGCUGAUCAGAGACAAAGACCAACUGUUGAGUAAACUUAAUGAAGGUGGCCAUGAGGAGUUAACAAAGAUGAAAGAAAAGUGCUGCCAGCUCAGGGAAUCUGUUGAAGUUUUGGAAUUAGAGAAGCAGAAUCUGCAGGAUCAGUGUCUGUGUCUGGAGUCUGAGGUUCUUGAGACGGAAGACAAGCAACACCUGCGAGAGGAAGAGCAUCGGAAACAAGAUGCAGCGAAAUUGAAGAGAAUCGAGGAGCUAAAAGCUGUGGCCUCACACUGGGCAGAGAAAUGGCAAAAGGUGGCUCUGACCCUGCAGUCCACGCAGAAAGAGUUAGACGAACUCAAAAAGAACAACUCCAAAGAUAAACUGCAAGCAGAGGCUGUGCGCCUGGCAACUGAGAUUGACAAACUCCACAAAGAUGGCCAGAAAGACAAAGAGGAAAUUGAGAAACUGCGGCAACACAAAGCUAACAUGGAGACAGUGCUGACCAGAGCCAAGACUGAACCAGACUCACUGCUGAGGGUUGAGCUUGAUGCAUGCAAACAAGAGCUGGAGCUGGAGAGGAGCAGGAGUCGGGCUCUGCUUCACAGACACAAAGAUAAAGAGGGGGCGUCAAAGUGCUCUGACCCUGUAUUCCCAGGCGGUGAGGCCUCUGUGCACACUGAGGACACAGGGACACAAACUGACUUAUCAGAAUCCUCUUUGUUAUGGAAGCCACCAUCAGAUUCCCACAGCAGCCAAAACAAAACCCCACAGGUGUGUUUACAAAGCGGUGAGGUUCAAAGGCUGAAGCAAAAACUGUCAGACAGAGAGAAGGAACUGAGGGAAAAGGACAAAGCUUUGAAGAGUCUAGAGAGGCUGAGAGAGACAGAAAAACAUGAGGCCCAACUCAAGACUUCUGCUCUGAAACUCAAGGCCUCUGAAGAUGACCAAGAUAAAGGAGGCCUCACAAAUGUCUCAACCACUGACUCACUGAGGGCCCCACUGGAAGAGAGCAGGAGGAGGGUGAAGCAGCAGCAGGAGGAAACUCCGACAGUGCAGAAGCUUCAAACACUGAGGCAGCGCUACCCAGUUAAAGAUGAGAAGCCAGCUGUCUGUCCAUUGAGUGUAGAGACGGACCAGCAGAGGAGGAUGAUCACUGAGCAGUUAAAGAGUCUGUUUAAGGAGCGAGAAGGAAAGGAGGUGGGAAAGAUCAACAACAGACCAGCAGCAAGUCAGACUGGCGCCUCCUCACUACAAGACUGGUCCCACACAUCUAGAGCUGCCAGGAAUGCAGCGGACAGGAGGAGCUGGCAUCAGCAGGGCUCUGGUCUGAUGCCAGUGUUCGAGGAGGACGAGGAGGGCAGUGACUGGCCAGCAGGGGAGGAGGGAAAGCCGCCAGCAGAGGAGGCUCAAUCUGAGGAAAACUUCCACAAGCAAAGCCAACAGAUGUCAGCUAUGAACGCAGAAAUCUACAAUCUGAGGGCAAAAAAUGAGAAUCUGCUGCCAGCAACACUAAGGCCCAAACAGCCGACCCAGGACAAGUCUCCUCACAGUUCAGAUGAGACUGACCUGCCUCAGAAGACACCACCUUUGCUCUGUCCUGACGGAAUAUUCAUGGCUGAGCUUGUAAAUAUCUGUAGCCCUGAUGAAGAUGAAGAGGGAGGAGAGGACAAAUGAGGUGUUCUGUUAAGACUCAUUCAGUUGAUACAGGGUGCUGUACCUGCCAUAUUUGUGCCUUAUAACUUAAACUGUAUGUUUGUUACUCAAAUGAAAUUUAAGGACUAAUUUACUUAAACAAUUUAAAGACAGAUUCUGCUAAGGCAGGGAUACUCACCUUGCUUUGCCCCGGGGCCACUUUUGCAAAAUGACAGGAGGCUAGGGGCCAGUUAAUGAAACAACAUUAAUAUUAAUUGCCUGUUUAUAACCUUUCGACCUUUGCUGUCCUCACCUAUCUUUGCCAGGAAGCAAAUCUAGCCACAGCAGCCCCACACAGGUCAGAUGUCAGUGGAAUUUGGGAAUAUUCAUGGCUCAGCCCUGAUCUCUUUCAGGAAGGCCAGGGGAUCGUCCUUAGCACUUUUAUUUUUGACAAACACGCUCUUUUUUUAUGCUUUUUUUGUGCACUCUGGCACCUUAUUUACACUCAAGGUACAAAAAGAAAUCCCCAGUGUGAAUCAACUUAUUUUUAUUAUGGAUUACAAAAUGAUUGGUGGGUCAAACAGCACCCUAUCCCAGUCCAGAUUUUGCCCAUGUCCUGUAACCUGAGUAUCACUAUGCUGAGGUGAAUGCUCCAAACAAUAGUGUUAAUAAAAAUUCACCAAGCUACCUCAGGCAAAAGUGUGUUUUAUUUAUAUGACAUGAUAUAAUUCUUCACAUCAUUUAAACAUUCAGAAAAUCCCACAGCCAACAACAUUUUUAUCUUUAAAGAACAGUGAAAUUAUAAAAUGAACAUGAGGGAAUAUAAGGUACAUUUGUAUGUAUUACAUGUUCAAAUGAAUGACAACGUGUAUUUUAGU